AACCAUGGAAGACAAGUCCCAAGCUCAUGAGGACAUUGUCCUAAACAUAGAAAUAGAUCAUAAAGAAGAGACAAACACAGAAGAAGAAGAAGAAGCACCAGAGCUUCCUCUUCCUAAGACUAAACACUUCAAUAGACUAGACUCUUUGGACAAAGAAGCCAACAAGAUCUCUUCCAUGUCCUCUGCUUCCAAAGUUGUAUCUAUAGCCACAGUGAUGCAAUUGGCUUAUCAGAGUAUAGGAGUGGUUUAUGGUGAUCUUGGAACUUCACCAUUGUAUGUCUUUUCUAGCAUAUUCCCUGACAGAGUACCAAGCCAUGGUGACAUACUUGGAGCUUUAUCUCUUAUCAUAUACUCACUCACUUUCUUUCCUCUCAUCAAAUAUGUGUUCAUUGUCCUCUGGGCUAAUGACAACGGAGAUGGGGGAACCUUUGCAUUGUACUCGUUGAUAUGUAGGCAUUCAAAAGUGAGUGCUGUUCCAAACCAGAAUGCAGAGGAAAUGGAACUCUCUUCUUAUCAAUUGAAUUUGCCAACAAAGAAUCUGAAAAGAGCUGAGAUGAUAAAAAAAACCAUUGAGAAGAGUACUUGGGCUAAAACAGUGUUGCUCUCUGUUGCUCUUUUUGGGACUUGCAUGGUCAUUGGUGAUGGAAUCCUCACUCCUUGCAUUUCAGUUCUGUCAGCCGUUGAUGGUGUCAGAAAGAUCGAUGCCGGAAUUAGCCAAGAUGCGGUGGCGAUGAUAUCAGUGGCGAUCUUGGUGGUUUUGUUUUCGAUACAGAGAUUUGGAACCGAUAAAGUUGGAUACACGUUUGCUCCGGCGAUUCUUGUUUGGUUGUCAUUUAUCGGUGUCAUCGGCAUAGUGAAUCUGAUUAGGCAUGACCAUAGUGUGCUCAAGGCUUUCAAUCCAGUGUACAUUGUGUAUUACUUUCAGAGUGAUCCCAAAAAGGCAUGGAUUUCUCUUGGAGGAGUUGUUCUUUGCAUGACAGGAACUGAAGCCAUGUUUGCUGAUCUUGGUCAUUUCUCUGUCAGAUCAAUCCAGAUUGCAUUCACUGGAUUGGUGUAUCCUUGCUUAAUCUGUGCUUAUUUGGGACAAGCAGCAUACCUCUCAUUAAAUCCAAAUAAUGUAUCUGAUGCAUUCUACAAAUCAACACCCGAAUCAGUAUACUGGCCAAUGUUUGUAAUUGCAGUCCUUGCAUCAAUCAUAGCAAGCCAAGCAAUGAUCUCGGCGACAUUUGCCAUCGUCAAGCAAUCCAUGGCUCUUGGUUGCUUCCCUAGAGUUAGAAUCGUCCACACCUCUCACAAGCAUGAAGGCCAAGUCUAUAUUCCGGAGAUCAACUUUGUUCUCAUGUUCGCUUGCGUGCUCGUUACCGCAUCCUUUAAAGAUACAACCAACAUCGGAAAUGCUUAUGGUAUUGCUGUUGUUGCAGUGAUGCUUGUCACCUCGUCUUUGCUAGUUCUCAUAAUGCUAAUGAUAUGGCAAACGAAUCUAGUUUUGAUCGCCGGUUUUGUACUCGUAUUUGGCUCUUUUGAGCUUCUCUACUUCUCUUCGGUCCUCUACAAGUUUACCAAUGGAGGGUACCUGCCACUCUCACUCGCAGCAGUUCUUUACUUUGUGAUGUAUGUGUGGCAUUAUGUGCAAACCAAGAGGCAUGAGUUUGAAGUUGAGCACAAAGUUUCAGCUCAGUACUUGAGCAGCCUCGGUUCUGAUCUUGGUAUUUCUAGAGUCCCUGGAGUGGGACUUUUGUACACUGAAUUAACACAAGGAAUCCCAGCAAUUUUCCGCCAUUUCCUCACUAACCUCCCUGCCAUCCACUCCGUGCUUGUAUUCGUCUCCGUCAAGUACUUACCAGUGAACAAGGUGCCUACUGAAGAGCGGUUUUUACUCCGACGAGUAGGAUCAAAGGACUACAAAAUGUAUCGGUGCAUAGUAAGGUACGGUUAUAAAGAUCGAAGGAUUGCGAGCAGUGAAUUUGAACAGUUGUUGAAGCAAAAUUUAGACGCAUUCAUUUUGAAUGAAAGUUGGGAAGAAGGAGAGGGUGCUGAGAUUGAAGCAAGUGUGGAAGAGAGAAAUUUUUUGGACAAGUCUUGGAGCUCUGGUGUGGUGUAUUUGUUAGGACACAGUGAAGUGAAGGCAAGUGAAGAGUCUGGUUUAUUGAAAAGAGUGGUUGUGAAUUAUGCCUAUGAUUUCUUGAGGAGAAAUUUCAGGCAGGGAUUUGUGGAUUUGCAGAUUCCAAACAAGAGUUUGCUGCAAGUUGGAAUGAACUACCAAAUAUGAAUGUCAAUUUGGUGGUGCAUGAGCACUAUGUAGUGUACAUUAUAACUGUAAAUUGUUAUAUAUAUAUAUAAAGGAAAGGUUGUUCGAAUUAUGACAAACCUUGUUGUGAUGAGUUUAGAAGUUAUAAUCUUCAGAAAUAAUCAGAUUUGGUGGUGAAGAAA